AUGUUUGCGGGGUGUCGCAUCCUAGAGCGCAUCGCGGAGCACCCUCUCUUCAUCAACGCCGUCUGCGCCAUUAGGGAUGUCGGCACAGGAUACGUCCCCCCUAAGAGGGGGUUCAUCGGCGGGGCGGGCUUGCGACUGUGCUGCGAGAACAUCGACAGGGGGCUGGCUGGAGUGAAGGCGAGCUGGAAGCGAACCGGCGUGACAAUUGCUUCUGAUAUGAUGACCGAUAAGAACCGUCGCCAACAUGCGAACGUCUUUCUCGUCAACGACAGUGUCGCGGUGUUCAAGGACAGAGUGGACUGCCGCAUGGAGACCAAAACUGGCGGUUAUGUCGCUAGCAUCCUCAGGCCCGUGGUGGAGGAGGUCGAUUCGGAGAACGUGGGCUGGGCAGUUGGAGAGAGGAAGAAGGCUACGGAGAAGUUUGCACUGCAAGCUCUUGAUACCGCUGGGUGGCGGACGGCUGAAUUUUUCUGCAAGCUGAUGAAGCUCUCGUUCAUGGCAAUGCGUAAGGCCGAUGGGGAUGCCAAGGGGAUGAUGGUUCUUAUGUAUGACAUAAAGCUGCAGUUGACCGAGGAUGUGGGGACAGUGGUGGUGGAGGAUGAGGAGCAGCUGAGCUAUUCCGACAAAGUGCACAUCCGCCGCUUGCUGAAGAGCAGGUGGGAUGGCAGCCUGGCCUGCCCCAUGCACGUUACAGGCCGGAUUCUCAACCCGGCGAAUCAGGACGAAGACAUCUUCGGCUCAGACGCGGAGUGCACAAAGGUAUUCAAAGUGUUCAUCACUCAGCACCCCGAGCACCUCAGUUAUCACGAGAAGGAGGGGGGUGAUGGGAAUGACCUCGGAGAAGUUUUGAUGGAACUGCAGGAUGGGGUGAGGGCAUUUCUGGAUAUGAAGGGAAGCUUCGGGAUGGGGGAUGCAAUUGCUUAG